CUCUCUCUUCGCCCCACUUCAAAAUCCACCCGACGCUCUCCAUCUCGGCCAUCUCUUCUCCCACCCAAGCCCCUCAUGUCGCUGCGGCUCCCUCUUCUGCGCCCGGUCGGCCUCCGCCCGCCUCCCCUGCGCGCGCACCUCCUCAUCCGCCGCUACGCCGACCAGCCAGACGCCUCGGAGAAGCCCAAGAAACGCCCCCCGCCCCCGCCACAGGCGCCCCUUGAGCCCACGACAUUCGACGGCAAGGCGGCGCCGCGCGAACGGGCUGUCCUUCGCGGCAUGCCGGGGACCAUGAGCCCAUGGGAGCUGGAGCGGCAGCACACCCGUCCACGGAGCAACCGCGCUGGGCCGAGGCCUGUGCCCAAGCCCAAGCUUGACGAGCACUUGUUCAACGAGAGCGCCGCGCCGCGGGCCGUCUACCAGCGCCCCACGCGGGAUCUGCCCAUGGUCAACCGACGGAUAGGGUUGUGGAUCACGCUGGGCCUUGUAGGCCUCGGCGCAUGGGGUCUCUUCAUUCUCUACGCAACGAACAACGAGCGCUACAGCUCGUCUGUGGUGCGCCAGGUGUCGUUCCAGCUGCGCAACAGCCCGGAGGUAGCCCAGCUGCUCGGCGACCACGUCCGCUUUUCGCGUAACUACUGGGGCUUCGGCGAGCCAUGGAUCGCCGGCGGCAUCAACCUGAUGCAGGGCCGCAUCGACGUCAAGUUCCGCAUGCGCGGCGACAAGCAGGAGGGGACGGUGUACUUUACGUCGAUCCGGCCGUCGCAGGGCGCCCCUUGGCGGAUUGUCCGAUACAAGGUCAUCGGCGAGUACGGCGACGUCAUCCGUCUCGAGGACAAGGCUGUGCGCCCCGUCCUGCCUGACGAGGAGGCGGCUGAGAUGCCAUCAAACCCCGAGGCUGAUGCCGCACUCUCGACGUCCGCUGGCGACAAGCACAUUGCACCAGCACUGGUCGAGCCCGCCCACGUCCAGCCCAACAACGCGGUUGCGUGGAUCCCCUCGACAAGGGCCGUGUAGAAGUAGAGCAUCUGUACAUUCUUCAAUGCAUCUCAACAACGGGCAUGAG